AUGUUUUCCUUGAAGAUUGCCAAGCGUCUGACAUCAACAGCGACUAGCAGACGUCUUCUAUCAGAUACGGCCGCAUAUCCUCAGUUUGCAAGUGGACAGAGCCUAGACAAGCUCUACUCGCAAAAAUCCACCAACACAGUUGUCGAUUCGCUCACGUCAUUUGAGAAUGGAAACUUCACCGGGUACAUCCCUGUAAAGAAGCUGGACAUUUCCUACUGUACAAGCUCCGGUCCCGGUGGCCAGAAUGUAAAUCGCCUGUACACUAAAGCCACCGUUAAGCUGAACCUCGCCUCAGCCGACUGGAUUCCUGAUGAGGUGAAGACGAGGAUCCAAGAUCUGCACAAAAACUCGAUCAACAAAGAGGGCGAGUGGUUGAUUCGCUCUGACAAGACCCGCCAGCAGACGCUUAACUUGGCCGACUGCAUGGACAAACUGCGCUGCUACAUCGCCGAGGCGGCCAACUCGCCCAAAGUGGAGCCUUCAUUUGAGACACUGGAGAUGAUCAGAGUUCGCCGAGAGAAGGCGGCCAUCAGAAGACUGGAGACAAAGAAGCAUCGGUCGGUGUUCAAGGCACAGAAACGAUUGGAUUUUUAA